GCCGAAGAUCGUCGCAGCUGCGCAAUAUAUGACGUGGGAAUAAUUUUUAGUUUGUGUUCGGACUUCGAAGGGCGUGGACGGUGUUCCGUACGCUGGCACUUGUGGUUGUGAUUUCAAUUUGAUAGGUAACUAAGGUGUCUUUCGAUUAAGUUUCAUAAAAAAUAUCACAUUUUGUUUAUUUCGAAUGAGCGGUAUAAUUUUUAUUAAUUGAGUGCUUCAGUGUAAGGCACAGAAGGGCUCACUACUCGACUUACAAAAAUUUGAAGUGAAAUUUGAGACGGUUGCUCUGUGCUGUGUGCAAGUGCUACUUUUCUCAAGCUACCCACAUUUCAACUUUGAAAUAAGCUGAAAACUCGUGGAAGAAGACUCAGUGAAUCCUGAUCGUAUUUUCAGGUGCCAGUGUAGGUGCAAUCAGGCAAUGGCCCCUAAAUCCUAAUCAUUUUACCUGUUAGAAAAAUGAAAGGUGUUAAGUGUCACUGAUGUGAAAUCCAGCUGCUGAAGUUAUACUCUUAUUCUCAGCACUUACGUCUUAAAGGGCAUUUUUGAGAAAGCCUUGGGAGAUUGAGACGUCAGUCAAACUGUUCAAGUAUGGCCUGGGGAACUGAACUUUGGGACCAGUUUGACAAUGUUUCCAGUCACACCCUAAAGGGAUUGGAGUUCCUGGAAAAGUAUGGAAGAUUCCAGAAGGACCGCUGUGAUGUGGAAAACCGAUAUGCUGCUGAUCUCAGGGGUCUGGUCAAGAAGUACAUGCCAAAGAAGAAGGACGAGGAGGACGGACAGUUCUCGGUACAGUCGGCCUACCGGCGGCUGCUCGCCGAGGUGGGAGACCUGGCCGGACAGCACGAGGUGGUGGCCGAACAGCUGGCAGACAGCGUAGCCGCCGACAUCAGCGCCGAGGUCAAGACACUCAAGGAGGAGCGCAAACGGAUGCUGCAGGAGGGUAACCGGCUGGUGGUGCAGCUGCAGGCACAGCGGCUCCAGCUCGACAAGUCCAAAAAGAACUACGAAAAGGCCUUCCGCGAGGCGGAAAAGGCGCAGGAAGCGUUCCGGCGGGCCGACGCUGACCUCAACCUGAGCCGGGCCGAGGUCGAGAAACAGAAAAUGGCCGCUAGCAUCAAGGGUCAGCAGAGCGAGGACUGCAAGAACGAGUACGCCAACCAGCUGCAGCGCACCAACGACCUGCAGCACCUGCACUACACGAGCGCCAUGCCGGCGCUGUUCGGCGAACUGCAGGCGCUGGACGAGCGGCGCGCGCGCUGUAUGCAGGCGCACAUGCGACGCGCCGUGGACAUCGAGCGCCACGUGUUCCCCAUCGUCCACACGUGUCUGGACGGCAUAGUGGCCGCCGCCGACGAGAUCGACCCCGACCGGGACUCUCAGCUGGUGAUCGAGCGGUACAAGUCCGGGUUCGAGCCGCCGGAGCCGAUACCGUUCGAGGACCUGUCGGACGGCGGACGGCCGCCCGAGCCGCCGCUGGGCCAGCUGCCGCCGCCGCCGGCCAGCUCGCCCAAACCGCACACCGUCAAAGGCACCCUGUCGGCCAGAAAGUUCGGCAAGCGCGGCGGCAUCUUCGGCAUCUUCGGCGGCAGCAAGAACAAUAUGGCCAACGCGUCAUUCGAAUCGUUUGUGAAGGAGGACCUGGACAGCCUGCCACCCAACCAGCGCCGGAAGCGGAUACAGAACCGGAUGGACGACCUGGCGGCCAAGAUCAGCCAGGAGACGUCCACCAGGGACGGUCUGAUGAAGAUGAAGGGCGUGUACGAGAGUAACCCGGCGCUGGGCGACCCGCUGACGAUCGAGUCCCAGCUGAGAGAGAACACCCAGAACCUCGAGCGGCUGAGACUCGAGCUGCACAAGUUCCAGAGGUUGUUGGACGGCGGCGGCCGGACCAGUCUCAGUGAGCCGGACAGCAACCUCAGCCGCUCGGCUAGCGACUCGUCCAUGGCGCGAUCCGGCGCGGCGGCGCAGGGUCAGUCGGCGCCCUCCACGCCGCCGGCCAGCCACGGGUGCUCCAACAGCCCUGAGUCGGGCCUGGGCACCUCGCACACCUCGCUGCCGGACUCGGAGUCUGACGAGGACCACGCGGACGGCCCGGCGCCGCCGCCGCCGCCGCCGCCCGGCGCCGACGACUCCGAGCAGGCCGAACACGAGGCCGACUUCAGCUACGGCGACGAGCCGGCGCUGCCCGUGCUCGGCCAGGCCAAGGCGCUCUACGCCUUCGACGACGUGUUGGCCGACUUGUCCGCCUCGGACGAUGACAUCGUGUGCCUGCCGCUGCCGCCGAUCGGCUCCGGCCGCGGCCUGUACCACUUCCCAGCGGCCAGCGAGGGCUCGAUCCCGAUGCAGGAGGGCGAGCAGCUGCUGGUGAUCGAGCUGGACCAGGGCGACGGCUGGACGCGCGUCCGGCGUCACGACAGCCUCGAGGAGGGCUUCGUACCGACGGCCUACCUGCAGGUGCUGCUGCACCCGGCCUGCUGAGGGCGGAUCAGGUCAGCGCACACCGAGUCACAAUCUGCUGAGGUCAGGUCAGCGUGCAGCGUGCCUGGGCGGCCGCGCGGCGCGCCGCCGCGAUCAUAUCAGAGCGCUGCGGCCGCCGGCUGUGAUAGGCCGGCGGCCGGCCGGUCAGGUCAGGGGUCGCGGCCGGUCACCGCGGCUGCCGGCGGAGUCGGCCGACCACCGUCCGCGCGGGGCGGCGGCCGGCCCGCGGCAGUGUCCCGGGACCCUGGCAGUCCAUGACACAGCGUGCGGAGAGGACGUUUGUACCGAGUACGACACUGUACCCACACAUGACUACGACAAGUAUACUGAAUUGUUUAACCAGCCGGCUCGGCGGACCGAGUUUAUACCCUGUCGACUGGGCGGCGCUCGUUGCCGUUUUAUGUUGCGUGACGCCGUGCGUCGCCGCGCUUAGCUUUAAGGUCGCCCUGUGACGCCGGGGAGUUGUGUCUGUUUGUUGUCGGCAGGCCUCGGCGGGCGCUCGGCCGCUGGGGCGUGUUUGUAUGUUUGUCUUCCGACCGGGUCCGCCUUCAGGCUGUGACCGGGAGUCCGGUGUGUGACCUGUGUCCAGUGUCCGGUCCGUGACCUGUGACCGGGGUCGGGUCUGUGACCAGACGGUGACAGCCGCUGUUCGGAGUGUGACCGAGACGGUGUGUGUCCGUGCGGCGGUCGCUGGUGUGUGUCUCUGUGUGUGUUUGUACGUGUGUGUGUGGAUGCUGCCGGCGCGUGGUUACGUGAUAUUCAUAAACAGUCGCGGUGGGCAGAGCGGCGCAGGCCGGGACCACUGUUUUACCGCCAUCACCAUAACUCAAUACAGACGCGAGGACCUUCCCA